AAAACAACAAAAUGUCGAGUACAUUUUCAUUUGGCAAUUUUGCUAAAGAAUUGCAGGAAGUAAAGGAGGAAGGUGUGACUUUUGAGGAUAAACAAUUGACAUGGGACACUGCGGAAGAUGUCAAGGAUGUGGUCAAAGCCUUAGAAACACAAAAAGUGGUACACUACCUGAAGUUAGAUGGUAACACCUUGGGUGUUGACGCCGCGGCUGCUAUUGGCAAGGCCUUGGAAAAGCAUCCGGAGUUCCGCAAAGCUUUGUGGAAAAACAUGUUUACAAGACGUUUAAAAUCAGAAAUUCCACAAGCCUUGAAAUCUCUGGGCAAUGGUUUGAUGGUGGCUCAAGCCCAAUUAACUGUACUCGAUCUUAGCGAUAAUGCUUUGGGCCCUAAUGGCAUGGUCGGCUUGGAAGAUCUUUUGCGUUCCAAAGUUUGUUAUAGCUUGCAAGAACUGCGUUUAAAUAAUUGUGGUUUGGGUAUUGGUGGUGGACAAAUGUUAUCAAAGGCUUUGCUGGAUUGUCAUCGCACAAGUACAGCGGCGGGAACACCAUUGAAAUUGAAAGUUUUCAUUACUGGUCGUAAUCGUUUGGAGAAUGAUGGUGCCAAGGCAAUAGCUAAAAUAUUUUCUACUGUUAAGACGCUGGAAGAAAUUGCAAUGCCUCAGAAUUCGAUAUAUCAUGAUGGUAUUGCCGCUUUGGCAGAGGGUUUCAAACAAAAUCCUAAUUUGAGAAUAUUGAAUUUGAAUGAUAACACCGUGACCAGUAAGGGUGCCCAACAUUUGGCUGAUGCCUUCAGUUAUACACCGCAUUUAAAGGAGAUAAAUUUUGGUGAUUGCCUGUUGAAGACAAAUGGUGCUUACCAUUUUGCUGAAGCUUUGCAAGAGAAUCAUCGAGAAUUGGAAGUUGUUGAUUUGGGCUUCAAUGAAAUUGGUCCUGAUGGUGGUUUGGUGUUGGCAACUGCCAUGGAAAAUAAGCCGAAUUUACAGAGACUUAAUUUGGAUGGUAAUCAGUUCGGUUACGAGGGUCGUUUGCGUAUUAAAGAGGCUAUGGAACAAACCCAUAAUCCUGAUGCCCUUGAAGAAAUGGAAGAAGAUCAAUCGGAGGGUGAAGAAGAUGAAGACGAUGAUGAGGAUGAAGACGAUGAAACGGUGGAUGAGGAAAUCGAUGAAGAAGAUGAAAUUUAUGAUGAACAUCAAAAUGACACAACCGAAGAGGCCGAUGAAGAUGAUUAUGGUGAAAAUGCUGCAGAGGAGACAGCCUAUACUACCACACAGGCGUUUACCUCGAAAAUGUUAAAUGCCAAUGAAUCGUUUAUGUCCAAUAAGAGUGUCACAUUUGCUGAAAAUACCACCACCGUGGGUUCGUCUACGGCCGAAUCAUUCUGCUUAAGCCAAAAACCAUGUUCCUUGCAAAUGUUUGACUCAUUGGUGGAAAGUGAUAAAUUGCAGGCUUUCAAAAGUGUUAUUGAGCAAUUUACCGAUGACAAUUAUUUGCUUGUGCUCAUCUUUACCACAUUGAAAUGUGCCCAUUUGGCUCAAUCCUCCUCGGUAGCCCUGGACUUGGCCAUGUCUCUAUACAAGGAAUGUGUUGAUUAUGCCGUCAAAACCAAACAAGAACGUCGUGUAUUAAAUUAUCUGCUACAACAAUUGGGUCUGCUGCGCAGUGAAAUGAAAUUCCAAUCGGCGUAUAAUUUAAAAUCAUGCCGUUAUGCCCUGCGUGAGACCCUCUAUAAGAAACCAUUGGCCAGUGAACACAUGAAGAAUACAUUUAAAGUUUUCUUGGAACAAUUGGAUGUUUAAA